AUGGCAGCUGCAGAAGUACGAGAUAAAUAUACGCAGACAGGCGAAAACUUUAAUUUGGCUUUCAAAAUGUGUUCUCGGAAAAAUCCGUCAUUCAACAUCCUCUGGUGUGGUUCUGCAAUGCGGGCAACACAGAUGCGGAAUAUUCAACCCUGGCAACGCCUUAAUCAGUUCCCAAGGUCCACCGAACUCACUCGAAAAGACAAACUGUACGAUAAUAUCGCGCGAUCUGCUGCCAUAUUUGGUGACGCAUUCAGCUUUAUUCCGGAAUUUUUCGUCACACCUCGAGAUGCAUCGCUUUUGGAAACGGCCAUGGAGCACUCUAUGACAGAUUUUACAUUCAUUGUGAAGCCUGUGAGCUCAUCACGAGGACAGGGCAUAUUUUUCGCCAGCACGGCAGAAGAAAUUCCCCGAGCCGAUACGUUGCUGGUUUCACGUUAUGUGGAAAAUCCAUUACUAGUAAAUGGUCAUAAAUUUGACCUUCGAAUCUACGUUGCUGUCACUUCUUUUUACCCUUUGAUCGUUUAUGUUUAUUCAGAGGGGCUUACACGGGUCGCAUCAGAGAAGUAUCGCAGUGAAGUGGACUCCCGAGAUGCAUUUGUUCACCUAACGAACUAUUCUAUUAAUAAGAAUAACUCGAAUUUUGUCCGAAAUGAAAGCAUGGCAAGUGAAGAUUUUGGACACAAGUGGACUCUGGGUGCUUUGUUACGUCACUUGGAAAAGGAUAGAAUUGACUCAAAAAGGACCAAUUUCGAACUGUUCGGGUUCGAUAUUCUCGUCGAUGCAGAGCUCAAGCCUUGGCUCCUCGAGGUCAAUUUGUCUCCUAGCCUCUCGUGUGAUGCUCCCUUGGACUCCCUAGUGAAGACAAGACUUAUAUGCGACCUGUUUAACCUCGCAUGUGUGCCUUUAGUGAAUCGGAAGCUUGCAGGAAUUGAAACAGUUCGAGCAGUCAGGGAUGAAAGCUACGACUCAGACGAAGCAGAGUUGAUGUCGGAGAAAAAUAGGAAAAUAAUAAGUCCGACAAAACGCGGCAUCACUACAAAGCGGAGGCGUCCUAUGCGGAAUGCAUUCACCACCAUGCCAGGAGGUAACGACCCGAGUAUGCGUUUUAUAUGUCGUCGAGCAAGGGCCGAAAUGUCUCGGCGAGGUGGUUUCGUUCGGAUUUUCCCGCGCGAAGGCAGUCUGGCGCUCUACAGAAGCGUUAUGGAACGCGUUGGUUCGGAGAAGAGAGAUGAGCGUCUAUAUCUAAAGGAAUAUGGCCUCGAUGAGGACGUAACAGCGGAGAAUGAGGAUGAGCGCGCUCACCUUUACCAUGAAGUGAUGAUGAAUAGUGAACUGAGACCAAUAGGUUUUUUAUUGGGAAGUACAGUGCGAGCCGCAUCCCGAAAAGGGAAUCUAGGUCCUAAAGAUGGCGAGACUUAUGCGGCUCGAUUACCCGUAGUCCGACCAUCAGCCCGUCUUCGGACAAAGAGUUGCUCCGAAUGGUAUGAGGUGAAAAAGGCCACGUUAGCGGAAGCCAAGUUGAAACUUCGACUUCAACAGGAAGAGCUGCAAUUAGAAGAACAACGAGGACGGGAAAAUAAGGAGAAUGCCUCACCACCAACCUAUCCCUCGCUUGAAUCCGUUCCGCCGCGGCUGUAUGAUGUCUUACGUGAAUGGCACAGCUCUGCGAACGCUUACACUCAACGGAUAACUAAAGAUGGCGAGACUUAUGCGGCUCGAUUACCCGUAGUCCGACCAUCAGCCCGUCUUCGGACAAAGAGUUGCUCCGAAUGGUAUGAGGUGAAAAAGGCCACGUUAGCGGAAGCCAAGUUGAAACUUCGACUUCAACAGGAAGAGCUGCAAUUAGAAGAUUUCCAC